AUGUCUACAAAUCCAACUAAUACUAAUGGUAGUGGUACACCAAACAGUUCCACAGGUGCGACACCCGCUCCACAACAAACACAAACACAAACACAUACACCUGCUCAAUUAACACCACAACAGAAACAAGUAAUGGAAUUGAGUGCAAAAUUCAAAGCGUUAGUUAAUGAAGCUAAAACUAUCGGUGAGAAUACACAAAAAGGGAAAGAACUAUUAAUGCAAGCCACAAAGAUUAAAGCUAUCUACGAUAAUUAUAUCAGACAAAGACAACAAGCUGCCCAAGCGUAUCAAGCAAGAAUGUCAGGUAACACCACAACAAAUACAUCGGCCUCAACACCAUCAAGUAGUGGGAACAAUAGUAAUAGCACUAAGAGUACUCCAAAUUUUUCAAGCACAAAUAGUAGUCAAGGAAGCCAAUUGGCAAAUGUAUUGAAACAAGUAUUGACACCAGAACAAAGUCAACAAUAUGAUAAACUUAUGGCAAAUUAUAAAAUGAGAGCUAAUAAUAUUAAGGAUAAAAGACAGUUUUUGAAGCAAAAUAUUGAUAGAUUGACAACAGAAAUUAAUAAACAAACAGAUGUUAAUGCAAAGAAUCAACUAGGAGGAAAACGUAAUGAAUUAAUAACUAAUUUGAAGACUUUAAGUGAGGAAUUGAAUAAUUUAUAUCAACAGUUACAAAAUGGGAAAAGAACUUUCUAUAUUGAAUGUGCAAGAGUGAACCCAGAAUUACAACGAAUCCUUCAAAAGACAAGUCAAAGAUUACAACAACAAAAACAAACAGGACAAAGUAAAACAGGUACACCUAACUCCACCGCUCCACCGUCGGGAAAUUCUUCAACGGUGUCAGACACUAAUCUAAAUUCUGCCACUCAACAGAUAGUUGGUAAUAAUGCACCUGCACAAGUGCCAACAUCACAACAACCUUCACAAACUCCACAACCACAACAAGCAACUAGCAAUGCCCCUGCAAAUAAAAAAUCAACCCAAACGGCGAAUAAUAAGUCUCAGGAUACACAGCCUACCCAAAUACGUCCACAGGAUAGUCAGUCACAGUCCGUGGCAACAAAUGCAGCCGUAGCUACAAACCCUAGUUCCAAUAAAUCGACAAUAUUUAAGCCAUCGGAUCCAUCUAUUCCAAUAUCUGAAAAUAUUUCUGUUGAUGCCCCAGAUGCAGUUUCUAUUAGAUCUAAUAGACCAACAAUAACAGGUGGUUCUGGUAUGAAUGCUGCUGUUCUAAAUACUCCUGCAAUUGCCAAAUUACCUCCUUAUGAAAUUGACACCGAAAGGGUAAUGUCGAAACGUAAAUUGAGGGAAUUGGUUAAAGUUGUCGGUAUUGACGAAGGUGACGGUGAGACUGUCAUUGAUGGUGAUGUAGAAGAAUUGUUAUUGGAUCUUGCUGAUGACUUUAUUACAAAUGUGACAUCAUUUGCUUGUAGAUUAGCAAAACACAGAAAGUCAGAUAAUUUAGAUGCCAAGGAUAUUCAAUUACAUCUAGAAAAAAAUUGGAAUAUUAGAAUACCAGGUUACUCAGCAGAUAAAAUUAGAAGCACAAGAAAAUGGAAUCCUUCUGCGAGUUAUAACCAAAAGCUACAGAGUAUCAAUGGUGAUAAAAAUGGUACAAGUAAACAGACUGGUAGUUCCAACAAAAAAUGA